CUAGCAGCUGCAUUUGUUUUUCCAUGCUCUAUCGCUUGCGAGCAUUCCUAUCGCGAUAUACAACAUUUCUUUUUGUAAACACUAUAUUGGGGAUGUGCAGACCCUAUGCUGAUUAAACCAAAUGGAUUUGCGGGCUUGGAGUUUUUCCGUUUCGGAGGAGUAGACGGGAAGAGAACGUUUGUCCCAGCCAGUCCCCUUCGGCGAUCCUCUGAUCAGAGAGGCUCACCCCCUCUCACACUUUCUAUCUCGACGCUUUGGGCGGUGUCAUUUCUUUUUUGUGACAUUUUGGCCACUCCCUCAUAUCGCCAUCUCAAGUGCUCUAUACAUUACCGUCUGUGUGGGUUCUAUAUAUUUACUACUUAUCUUCCUAGACAGAACUGUCUUGUUCAGCGGGCCGUUUCAGGAUCGUAUUACCCGGAACCUUCUUGUUUCUGUUUCAUGGAUACCUUUUUGUGUCAUGUGCGAUGAGGCGAAAAUCCAGUGGGUUUUGAAAGCGGAAUGGUGGAUAUACUACUUCUUGGGUAAUUGGAUAGACGGAUGAAUG